CGUGUUGACAUGACAUAUACUGUAGCAGAAAAGAGUGAAAACUUGGGAAAAUCUCUAGAAAAUAACUGGGGAUACAGACUUCCUGCUUGUGUAGAAUACGGCAGUUUUUAAACUAAUACUAUUUUAAAGCGUUGUCUGAGUGUAUCAGUUCACAAUACAGUUUGAAUUGUGUUUUGUUAUUGUUUACUUAAGCAGCUCGCUGCGCGUUGACUUGCAGACGAACGGGACAGCGGACGGCACCGUUAUACCUUAUUUAUGAAUGUGGGAAUCUUUAAUAGAGUCAACCAUAAGAACAAAGAUUCAGGCGGUAUGUACGCCGAGUGGAGCUCGCUGCCGCUCGAGGGCGGCGGGCACGGCGUGCUCGGCGCAGUCGGCGGCGCAGCCGGCGCGGGCCGCGACGUGGUGCUGGCGGUGGUGCGGCAGCUCACCUCGCACGAGCCCAGCCCGCUCACCACCGACGCCGAGGUGGAAUGGGUCCUGGAAGUGAUCCGCUUCGGGCUAUCGCUCCCGCUUCACGAGCACGAGGCGCUGCGCGACUGCGUGCGCGUGUGCUGCUCGUGGCUGUCGCCGCUGCUGCCGCCCGCGCCGCCGGCGCAGCCCCCGCCGCCCGCGGUGCCGCCGCCGGUCGCCGCCGCACCGAAACGAUACGCGAGGAAGAUACUAAGGCACUUGCAUAAUCUGUUCGUGCCGAGGCCUAAUGAAACACUCGCAUUCAUAUAUCAGACGGAACUAAUAGCCGCCAAUUAUGUAGUUACCAACUUACAAACUAAGUUAGAAGUGCAUUGCAUGUAUGUAGGAUGCGUGGAUCGGAAUGUAAGGACCGAAAGAUGGUGUCAGAAGUGGGAUGUUGCAAAACCACUGACGGACCUGUUACGACGAGACAACAGUUAUGAGUUUAAUGAUGAAUGCCGAGCUGCUUUUGAAAAACUGAAGAGGAGACUGGCGAGUCAACCAGUGCUUCGCAUAUUUAACCCCAGACUGCAGACUGAGAUGCAUACAGACGCCUCGAUGGCAGCGAUCUCUGCAAUACUUUUACAAAAAGGAGAAGAUGCAGAGCUGCAUCCUGUGUAUUACAUGAGCAGAAAGACGACACCAGCAGAGAGCAAGUAUACGAGCUAUGAACUUGAAGGCUUGGCAAUAAUAGAAGGAGUAAGGAAAUUUCGCUGUUACCUAUAUGGAAAACACUUUAAGAUUGUCACAGACUGCAAAGCAUUUCAAAUGACAUUAAAUAAGAAAGAUUUAGUAAUGUCAACAAGAGUGGCAAGGUGGAUACUACUGCUGCAAGAAUAUGACUUUGAGAUUGAGCACAGAGCCGGAAGUAAAAUGCAGCAUGUGGAUGCACUCAGCCGAAACCCAUAUGUGGCAGUAUGUAACGGGCCGAUUCAUCAACGGCUAAAGACGUCACAAGGAAACGAUGAUGGGCUAAACGCGAUCAUAGAGGUGCUCAAGAAGAACACACAGUAUCAGGACUACUACUUGGAAAAUGGUUUGCUCUACAAAGGCAUACAGAAGCAUCUCGUGGUACCAAAGACUAUGGAAACCGAGAUUAUAAAGAGAGCACAUGAGAAUGGCCAUUUUUCAAAAAAGAAAAUGAUUGAGCUUAUCAGUAAGGAUUAUUACAUCAAGAAUUUAGAAAGAAAAAUAGAAGAGUUUAUAGUCACAUGCAUACCAUGUCUGUUGGCGGAAAAGAAGAGUGGAAAGCUAGAAGGAUUCUUGUAUCCAAUUGAUAAACAGGAGCUGCCGCUAGAUACUCUCCACAUAGACCAUAUUGGUCCGAUGACAGAAACCAAGAAGCUGUAUAACCACAUUUUGACAAUCGUGGAUGCAUUUACCAAGUUUGUGUGGCUAUUCCCAGUUAAGAGUACUACUGCCAAGGAAACAGUAGAUAAGAUGAUGAUAUUUCAGCAAUGUUUCGGAAACCCGACUAGAAUCAUUACUGAUAGAGCCACCGCGUUUACUGGCUCUCAGUUCGAGGACUUCUGCAAAGACGAAGGUAUUGACCAUGUUAAGAUUACUACUGGGGUACCUCGGAGCAAUGGCCAGGUCGAACGGAUUCAUAAAGUGAUGACCAGCGUUCUGACCAAGCUAUGUAUUGAAGAACCGACACACUGGUACCGCCAUGUGAGUAGAGUUCAGCGAGCCAUCAACAGCACCCAUCAGCGCAGCAUUAAUACUACGCCAUUUGAGUUGCUAAUUGGUACGAAAAUGAAAAUAAAGGAAGACUACGAUAUCUACGAACUGAUAGAGCAAGAGAACAGAGAUAGUUCUAUGGCUAUUAGAGAAGAAAAUAGAAAGAAGGCUAAGGAGCAAAUUUUACAGAUACAAGACGAGAAUAAGAGGACCUACAAUAAGCGAAGGAAGCCGAGCACGGUAUUGGGCACAGGGCGGGGCUCGGAGCGGUGGUGGGAGGCGGGAGUCAGCGGCUCCAGCGUCGUAGAGGAGGGGGACACGCCCCCCGCGCACCGCCGCCUCGCCAAGUCCUACAGCGUGGCCGGCAAGGCCAGGGACAAGACCGAGAAAGGUACUCCGCGGUCGUCGUUAAUUGGCCUGACGGGGGCCGGCAGCAGGCCUGCCAGCGUGGCGCCUACUACGCCACCUAACUCUAUCAUCUCGCAAGUGUGUGAUUCGGAGAAGCCGCCCCUGACUCCACUGCGUCCGAAAGUGAACUCCAUCUUCCAUUUGUUCGGCGAGUGGCUGUUUGAAGCGGCACUCAUCGGAACUACGCCUUCCUACAACAACCAACAACGAGCCGACGGCACUCCACCACCGCCAUCUUUGUCGGAUGCCACAAGCAAGCUGAAUAUGGCAGCUUACCAACCAGGUCGCGCCGAAGCCCUAGGCGCCUUAUGUCGCGUACUUUGCUCCAAGCAGUGUCGCGAAGAAGUUUCAGCACAAUACCUAGCUCGUUGCUACGCCGCCAUUCACCGCGGGCUGAGAGACCCGCCUACUGCGCCCGCUGUAGUACUCAAUGCGCCUGAUAUAUUCAGAUUGGACCUAGACGGCGUAUUAGUGUUAGUUCCUGACUUCAUCACAGCACUAGAGCACAUCCUAACAGAGCGAGAGCCUAAACUGGAAUGCGGUUCCAUAGACAAGCGAGAGCUGCGCAAGGCUGCCAUCAGUGCGUUGUUGUCUCUGGUCGCUUUUCCGCACCAUUAUAAGGGGCUGCCGGUUCCGGAGUUCCCCGGGUGCAAUGAAUACGCCGGCAUGACACUAGGCGACUAUGCCCGCGGCAAGAUCUCCCUAAUCUGCGUAACUGCAGUCCAAGUGGAAACGUCAGACGCACUAGCAGUACCUUUGCUAAGCGCUUUGUACCUGUGUGUGAGGCAUAACGCGCAGGUAUCGACGGCGAGCAAGGCGCACAGCGCGCCGCCUGGCUCGACUAUGUCGCACAGCACGGAUUAUAAAGCGCGCUCCGACGGCGGCGCGGCGGAGCCCUCGCUGGACGACCUCGUCACCGACCUCGACUCGGCGUCGCCGCUUUUCGGUGCGGCACUGGUGGUACGUGCCACGUACUUAGUGUGCCACCGCCUCAUCUCCUCGUGGAAGGGAGACCUGCAGGUGUCGCUGGCCGCGUUGGAACUGCUCUCUGGCCUGGCUAAGCUUCACUCUGCUAAACCAGAAGCGAUAGAGCGCAAGCGCGCUGUCCGCUGGAUCUGCGACUACAUCAGCAUCCAAUGCAGCCGCCCCCCUCCCGCCCAUUCCCGCGACCUCCACUCGUGCGUGGUGGCCGCGUACUCCUGCCUGGCCUCCUGGCUGUGCCCCGCGCUGCUGGCCGACCCGGACUGCCUGGCCGCGCUCAUGGAGGUGGUGGAGCUGGGCAUCUCGGGCACCAAGAGCCAGGGUAAAUCUGGCGAGCAACCAAAAAUGAAAGAUGAGAAGGAACUAAAGCCUGUUUCUAUGAGAGUGCGCGAUGCAGCCGAAUCCUUACUGAUGCUCAUUUUGGAACAGGUGGGAUCCGAAUCUCCAGGCACCGGCUGGUGCCGAUUGGACGAGCGGUGGCUAUCGGCGUUGGGACACGGUCGCCUGCGGCAUUACGUCGCCGAUGGCAAUAUUCUUCUGUCGUUGUUGGAAGAACCGCUAGCCAACAGCCAGGAACCGCAACCUACCCUUAUUGUGAUCAUUCGCUGCGGCUGGGGCCGCUUCGCUUGGUCCAUGAGCAACCGCGGCGCGCCCCGCUCAGGGGCUCGCGGCGGCGGCGCGGCGUGCGCGCGGCCCGUAGACAUCAUGGAGCCGCCCCCGCGCGCCCCGCCCGCCUGCCGCCCGCUGCCCCCCGCGCCCCCGCCCUGCGCCGUUGACAGCGCAUUCCCAAGCCUGGAAGCUGUGUUGCGCCAACUGAACGACCCGGAGGCGCCCACUCUAUUCAAGCUGUUGGAACAACAGGCCGCCGUCGAGAAACGCGUUCAGGAGAGCGAAAAUAACGCGGUGCCAGAAGAGUGCGUACCGCCAGAGCCGGUGACAGAAUUUCAGACGGCGCGAUUAUUCUUGUCGCACUUCGGCUAUCUCAAUAUCGGCGGGGAGAGAAAGGGCCUGGGAGCACGAUUGGUGGCCCUGGACGACUCCGCGGCCGGGUUUGCAGCAGCACUGCGGCGCGUGGACGCGUGCGGCGCGCGCACCGUGCUGACGGUGCACGUGCUGCUGGCGCGCGCCGGCCAGCGCGGUGCGGCCGACAUCGUGGCCAACUCGCGGAGACCACCGCCGGCUGCCUUCGCUAGGAUGCUGCGCGGGCUGGGCAAGCCGGUGCGAGUCCGUGGACACCCGGGUUGGACGGGCCACGUGGCGACGAGCUACGACGCUCAGCCCGAAUACUUGUCCGCGCCACCUCCCGCCCCCACCGAGGACAAGACCCCAUCCAUCUACGACGGCAGGGACCAGGUACUUUACUGGUCAGACUCCAGCAACGAGAUAGCGUUCGUCGUGCCGUCGGGACACGAGGUGGUCGACACGGACGCGGACGAUAAAGGCGACGUAAAAUCUGACACCGACGGAAACUGUUUAUCUGCCAGGAGUUCAGAAAAGGCGGCAGGCUCGUGCUGGGACGUGUCGAGCAACAGCUCGGGCGCGCCGUCUUACGAGCGAAGCAUCAGCGAGUCCGACAAGGCGGAGCGAGGCCGCUCCAGUCUUAACGAGAAAAUGCGUGCGCUGUCGCUCGACCUUGACAAGCAACCGGGCGCACAGCUGACGGGAAGCGGUAGGCGUAAUCGUGACUUCACAACGAAGAUUCUGGUUAUCUGGUUAGAAGAUUUUGAAGAUCAUCUGAAUCUACCAAUCGACGACCUGCUCCGCUACUGCGAGACGGGCCUCCCGUGGCGACGCCACGAGGCGCACUGCAUCUGCGUGUCGCCCCGGCGCUCCGGGCUGCUGCGCGUGCACACCGUGCCCCGUGCAGCAGGCGUGCUGUGCGACGGCGCGCUGGUGGCGCCCGCGCUGCUGCCCGCCUGCCUGCGCCGCGCCGCGCGCUACCUGGCCAGACCCAUCCGCCUCAACACCGACCUAUACCAACCCCCGCACGUGCGUCGCCGGCACCUCAUCCAGGAGUUGGCGCACCAGUUCAAGAGGGAACUCACGGAGCCUGAGCUAUUGGAGUCACUCUUUAAACCGCCCGCCUAAACGCAAUAGGCCCAGAUAGCUGCCUGUCCCGAUCUAACAAGCAAGGCUCGGAAACCGGUUUUUCCUAACCGUUAUCAAUAUCAUAUAUAUAUAUAUAUAUCAAUAUCAAAAAACCUUUCAAUUACGGUUUCGCUCGAAAAACUGUUAUUUUGAAACCGGUUUUUAGAAAACCAUUUCCAUAAAGUUCUUGUCAGAUUAACCGGGUUAGAACAAUAUAAAAACCGGUUUCUUCCUAUGUCGGUGUCUAUCUUUACGUGGCACACCACCAGGCCAGCCGGGCGUCUCGUCGCUCGUCGAAUAAACCGGCUUAUUUAGGUUACAAUAAAGUUCUUAAAACGGUCGCGUUCUUAUGAAAGUUCGGAGGAAAACCGAAAUGUACAGUAAAUACCGGUAUUUUAUAAACCGGUACGGAGCCUUGCUAACAAGUAAGUGCAAGAACGUUCAAUAAAAGCUACCACGACAUUAUCCGUGCUAUUAUGCCGUUUGUAUCUAGCUGCACUAGUAAAAGAUGUGAUUCAUUUUAUUUAAAAUUGUAACCAAAGACUAUGUAACGCCGUAUUAGAUGGAUGCAGUCUGAGGAAAAAAUGUGCCUCGAAAAUCAAGAAAAUUUGAUUCUCGGACAGAUGGCGCCACUACGUUUUACCACCUUUGGCCUACUCUCGAAUAGAUGGCGUUGACGAUUUCGUUUGUUUUUUAACAAUUUUAACGCAUAACAGUGAGAGAACAUGAGUCAAAAUCAUAUGAAAAUAAUUAAUGCAAAUAAAAAAACAUUUAUCCAUAAUAUAAAUACAUUUUUUAGAUAUUUUUAGUUUUAAUCGUGUGUCGAUCGAUUGCCACUGAAUUUACUGUGGCUACAAAAUUUACUAUGACAGUACCGCUCUAUCCUAUUGUAUCCUCUUUUCUUCUUUUAAUGUUUACGUAAAUUUUUGCGUAGCCGAAAAAUUGAUUUACAUAAAAAUAUUUGACUACCGAUGUAUUUUAUAUUUGACAAUGGAUGUAUGUUUGUUUGCAUCAUGUGUUACCUGUAGAAGCUCAAUGGUGCCCUCAAAAAAAUUCUUCAAUUUUAUGAUUAUCCUCGUAAGGUCCACCAUACAAAGAUUCCCUAUUUUUAAUUUGAACCUUGUUGUAUAGAAGAUUAGGGUGACUUUCGUUUGUUAUAGAAAACAAUGAAACAAAAGAAAUGCUACUUGAUUCAUUUAGUGUAAGGUUCAAAUUAGAUUGAAACAGAGUGUACAUUGUAAUGCACAUUGGGCCUUACGAGGUUAUACUUUGCUGAACAUAACUAUGACUUUUAGGUAAAAAUGGUCACUUGGGUGUUACGUAACUUUUAGGUAGGAGGCGGGGGGUACACGAAAACGUUAGGCGCGUUACACGGGGUAGUGGGAGGGUCAAGUCUUCGAAAAUUGCGUUACGUAAUAUUUGAACGCGCCCUUAAAAAGAGACAGACAGAGAUUACAGGUCAUCUUCCUGUUUCAUGCAAGAAGCUUGCUUAUUUUGUACCGUCUUCUAAAAAAUGGAGGAUAUGUAUUCGAAUAUUUUUAAAGAUAAUUAGGUAGUAUAACUUUAAGACUGAUGUGUAAUCGUGCUUAAUAACAUUCCUUGUUAAUGUUGCAGUAUUUUAAUAAUUUAAUUUGCUUAUGCAUAAUUUAUAUCGUUACAUAAUAAUAAAUUUAACUUAUUUAAA